AUGAGGCCCUUCGCGCAGGCAGUGCACUGCCUAGCUCUUGAUGCCCCCAGAAAGCGACUUUUCGCUGGAUACCAGGUCCAUCAACUGCUUACCCACGAGAACCCAGACUUCCUCCUUAGCGGAGGAGACAGCGGCACGAUCAAGCUCUGGCAGCUUCCCCAUGGCUCUGUCCUCACUCCGUGGAGUGUACAUCCACCUACGCAGCAGUUCGAGGGAAGCAGCGGCUGCUCCCGGCCUGCGGAAAGCGACAUGCGCUUUGGAGCCGAGGAGGAUGAGCAGGAGGAGCAACCUGAGGAUGCUGGAAGACACGGAGAAUGGGUUGUGAACGCAGCAAGCAGAAACAGAAAUCCAGCUCUUCUGCGCCGCUACAGCAGUGGAUCUGACGAUGAUGAGUACGCCCCGCAGCACCAGCAGCAGCAACUGCAGCAAGAGCAGCAGCAGCAACAGCAGGAAGAGCCACCCCUACUGGUUCAGCACCAGGAGCAGGACAGCAGCGAUGACGAACUCGAUGAUAUACGCAGCGCCUUGGCUUAA